GGGAGCGCCUCAGUUUAGCCAGCCAGUCAGUCGCUCCAGAGGCGCCGAAGAGAGAGGAGCGUUUCGGAAGCGGCGAAGGAAGAUAGUAGUAGUAGUAGUAAUAUGAAGGGAAGGAGGAGCGUGUGAGGCGGAGGAGAGGUAUGCGCCAUGCCUCGGGUGGUCCCCGACCAGAGAAGCAAGUUCGAGAACGAGGAGUUCUUCAGGAAGCUCAGCCGAGAGUGUGAGAUAAAAUACACUGGCUUCAGGGACAGACCACAUGAAGAGAGACAGGCCAGGUUUCAGAAUGCUUGCCGGGAUGGACGGUCUGAGAUAGCUUUUGUGGCCACAGGAACCAAUCUGUCUCUCCAGUUUUUUCCGGCCAGCUGGCAAGGGGAACAGCGGCAGACACCAACUCGAGAGUACGUUGACUUUGAAAGAGAGGGAGGCAAGGUUUACUUAAAAGCACCUAUGAUUCUUAAUGGUGUUUGUGUUAUCUGGAAAGGCUGGAUAGAUCUCCAAAGAUUGGAUGGCAUGGGCUGCUUAGAAUUUGAUGAAGAACGAGCACAGCAGGAAGACGCACUGGCACAACAGGCCUUUGAAGAAGCACGAAGAAGAACUCGUGAAUUCGAAGACAGAGACAGGUCUCAUCGGGAGGAAAUGGAGGUGAGAGUUUCACAGCUGCUGUCAGUUACUGGCAAGAAGGCAACAAGACCCUAGUCCUGGCUCAAACCUGGGAAGCGGCGAUGAUCUCAAGCUACGCUAAGAGACAUGACACAGCCAUGCUUUUUCCACUUGGCAAAUGACGGAAUUAACAAGACCAGAAACUGUGAUAACUGGGUAUAUACUAUCAUCGAUUCCCCAACCUGCGGCAGCCGAUCUAUCACCUCCUGCCAUGGUUUGCACUAUGUUGAUGUUGCAUUACCUAUGUUUUGGUUCCUUAAGCAUGUCACCAGUGGGAAUUUGAGAUUCUUGUUUUUCUAUGCAAGCUUAUUUUGUUGGCACUAUUUUAGUGAAGAAAGAAUUUAUGCAGCUAUAUAUAUAUUAAGGAAAAAGUUCCUCGACUGGUAAUACUUGCUCAUUUCAGACUAGAUCGAAACGUUGCAGAUUAAAGGGGUGUGUGUGUGUGAGUGUGUGUGUGUGUGUGAGUGACAUUUUUGAAACCAAAACUUUCUAAACUAAUUUUUAUAUGGGAUUUUGGAUUUAUUUUUUAUUUCUUUGUUCAUAGUGUUCCUGCUUUUAGACAUGCGUUCUUUACAGUCUUUUGCACUUUUUUUGCUCUUAACUUGCAAGACAUUUUAUCCUUUUCUGCAUUGUGCCUCCUAAGAAAAAAUCAAGUCGCACAGUAUUGCCAAGUUAGAGAAAUACUUUCCAUACAAUCAUGUUAAAAUUGCUGCUUUAAGUGUUUUUAGGUACUGUCACUUGAGUGGAGAUGCAAAUUGAGAUAUUUGAACUUUAUUCUGGUUAAAAUAUGCCCCUUUCUUUGUUCAGGAAUGUAAAUGAGGUGAAGUAAUAUGGAAGUAUCUGCUUUUGAAAACUCAUUCCAUCCUUUCUUGCAUCUCUGACCAUAGUAUUUGCUGUAUUUUUCGUCCAAUAGUAUUCAAAGGCUUUCAUGGCCAGACUCAUUGAGUUGCUGUGAGUUUUCUGGGCUGUGUGACCAUGUUCCAGACGCAUUCUCUCCUGACGUUUCACCCACAUUUAUGGCAGGCAUCCUCAGAGGUGAGAUCUAUUAGAAAGUAGGCAAGUGGGGUUUAUAUAUCUGUGGAGUAAUGUCCAGGGUGGGAAAAAGAACUCUUGUUUGUUGGAGCCAAGAGUGAAUAUUGCAAUUGUUGAGCUUGAUUAGCAGCCAGGCUUUGAAGCUGCCAGACUAUUCAAUGCUAACCAAGAUAGCAAAUUGCAACAUUUGCAGCAGACAAAAGCUUUUCUCCCACCCUGAACAUUCCACAGAUAUAUAAACCUCACUUACCAAGUUUCUAACAGACCUCAUAGCCUCUGAGGAUGCCUGCCAUAGAUAUGGGAGAAACAUCAGGCGAGAAUGCUUCUGGAACAUAUCCAUACAGCCCGAAAAACUCACAGCAACCAAAUAGUAUUCUGUUUUGGGAGAACAAAUAUCAGUCUAAGGCAGGUGUGGGUAAACUUUUGUUUAUAACCCCACAUUCAUUGAGCAGAUGCUCUGGGUUUGUCCAUAGUCAUCAGCUUCCCUCCCUAUUGAAGGAAGACCAGUCCAGCCCUUGUGCAACUGGAGAUUGUAGGCAAAUUGCACUAUUUCUCUUUAUGUUCUGUGAAACUAGCCUUUAGCCACUCAAUGAAGUCAUAGUUCUGAUUAGCAUUUAUUCCUACAGAGCCGGCCAGAUAGUUAUUGAAAGCUAAAGAACAUAGUCAUGGUCCCAAAGAGUGUCUUGCUUUGUUUUUAAAACAUUUCCUUUCUUUCUCCAUUGCUUGCCCCAUGGAAAACAAUUCAGGUGUCCAAGAUUUAACCCCCUCUUCCAUGCAGGAAGACACAAUCAAAGCACUCCCGACUGAUGGCCUAACAGCCUCUGCUUAAAAACCUCCAGAGACAGAAGGAAGCUGCAAAGGACUUUGAGGCAGCAUAUCCCACUACCUAACAGCUCUUAACCUUCAGGACAUUCUUCCUAGUGUUAUAAUGGAAUCUCUUUUCCUGCAAUUUGAAUCCAUUCCUCCAUUGUGUCCCAGUCUCUAAAGCAGCAGGAAACUAGCUUGCCGCCUCCUCAGUGCGAUCUCUUUACAUAUAUGUAAACAUGGUUCCCCAGAUAUAUAAACCCCACUUGCCUAGUUUCCAACACAACCUCUGAGGAUGCCUGCCACAGAUGCAGGCGAAACGUCAGGAAAGAAUGCUUCUGCAACAUGGAUAACUUAUUAGCAACCCAGUGAUUCCGGCCAUGAAAGCCUUCAACAACGCAUCCCUGACACAAUUGUUCAUACUUGCUGUUGGGAGCUGGGAUUCAUCAUUUUUGCAGGGACACGUUUUCCUUAGCUUUAUUUUAUGAAUUUCAGUUUCCACUUAAAAAUGGAAGGUGUUUCUCUGUGUAUUUUGUGUUCCCACUCCCAGAAAUGUUUUUACGCAUGCCGGUGUGAGUAGGAAGCACUCUUUUUAUUAGCCGAAACGGUUGCGAAUACUUUGAAACUGAAAUGUCCAUUCAUAUGACAACUCUUUAUCUUCUUUGUUAGAUACAAUACUCAGAUCCGUGUCUUUGUCGCAUUUCGUUUUGUUAACUUCAUCAUUUUGUGUGUGUCGUGUCUCUUUGCAGGCGAUGAUGGUUCAAAAACAAGGUACUCUAGGGAACAAAAUCUCCAGAAUAAGUGCUUUUCUGAUUCCUACCCUUGUAUUCUCAAUUAAGUACGGUUUUAUCUGAUUGAUUCAGCUACUGUUUCAAAAGCAUGAGUGAACAGAUUAUACCUUUGCGUCCAAAGUGUUGCUGUCUGCGUGCAAGAUUUUUCUUCUUCUUCACUUGAACUGUGCAACUUAAUGGCUGGAUUCAGGUAUAGUCAUCUCUUGGUUUAAUAAACAUGCAGUCACUUCACUUUUCCUUUCAAGCUGGGAGCAAACUAGAAGCCUGUAAUCACCAUUACUCGCUUCAGACUUUGGGUUUAGGAAUCCAACUUGUGUGAAUGGAUAACUAUUGUUUGCCAGAUCAAAUGAAAUUGGAACGGUAGUCAAUUUGGAUUAUCCUAAUUUGACUGCUCAGCAUGGCUAAGGGAAGAACAUAAUGGCCGUAUUCAGAAGCAAGAAGGAUCUUUGGUAUGUCAUCCUUACAAUUGGAUUGCCUGAACAAGACCGCUUUGUCUUAAUGCUGGCGUUAAGAUCAAUAGCCCUAACCCUCUGCGAGUUAGUGCAGACCUGUGAAACUUCAACGUUAAGUUAUUGAUGCGAUUUGAUUUUUUUUUCAUAUUUUCUAUUUAAACAGAAGUUGCAUCAUCUUUUGACUUGUCUCUUUUAAGAGUUGCCUUAAGCUUCAAGAUUGCUUUUGCUAUCCUUCUUCCUGUUAUGUUAUUCUUACGUUCACAAUAAACUUCUGUGUAGUGAAACAA